AUGGUAAUAGAUUAUUCACUUUUUGGUGAUGUGGUGACCUUUGAUACUACAUUUUGUACAAACAAGGAGAAUAGGCCUUUUGGCAUUUUUUCUGGAUUUAACCAUCACAGAGGCAUCGUUAUAUUUGGGGCAACACUUUUAUAUGAUGAGAUGGCCGAAUCAUUUAAAUGGUUGUUUGAGGCUUUCUUGGAAAGCCAUGGGCAAAAGAAGCCUAUAACAUUAUUUACAGAUCAAGAUGCCGCCAUGGCAAAGGCAAUUUCGGAGGUGUUUACUGGAACAUGGCAUGAUUUAUGUACUUGGCAUUUAAUGCAAAAUGGCAUUAGGCAUCUAGGUAACUUAAUGAAGGAUGGAUCAAGCUUUCUAUCAGAUCUAAAGAUGUGUAUAUAUCAGUAUGAUGAGGAAGUACAAUUUGAGGCUGCAUGGGAACAAUUAAGGAGUAAUUAUCAGUUUUUAAAGCAUUUUGAAAGAGUAGUCAAUGAUAAGCGUGCUAAUGAAUUGAAGGCUGAGUCUGAGGCAAGAAAUAAGCUCCCAAGAAACUCGUUUCCCCACACGCCCUUAAUGGGACAUGCAGAAAAAGUCUACACUCCUUUAAUCUUCCGCUUAUUUCACGAUGAGUUCUCUUGGGUUGGUUCUUGCUACAUAAAACGGAAGGAUGAAAGUAAUAGCUUGCAUAAGUAUGAUGUUGGUAUUCAUGGUUCAGAGGAGGAAUUUAAGGUUGAAUGUCAUCCAUCCGAGGUUAUUGUUAAAUGCAGCUGUAGGAAAUUUGAGACAUUUAGUAUCCUAUGUUGCCAUGCUUUGAAAAUUUUCGUAAGGUUAGAUAUCAUGUCUAUUCCUGAAGCUUAUGUUUUGAGUAGAUGGACAUGUGCAACAAGAAACUUAGUAGUGGAAGAUAGCAAUGGAAUACAAAUUGAGGAAGAUGUUAAUUUGGAUUCUACGGAGCGUUAUAGAAUUCUUUGUCGUAAACUGGUAAAUAUUGCAUCAGAAGCAUCCAAUUCAGUAGAAGGAUAUGCAUUGGUGAACAAUGUUGCUAGUGAUUUGUAUAAACAAUUACACAAUCUACACAGCGGGAAUUCAAAUCCAUCUCCAGAUGAGUCAACUGAGGAGCCUAAUCUGAAUAUUGUGAAAGGGCUUAAAAAGAAAGAGAAAAAGAAGAUAGAGGGUUCAAAAACAAAUAAACGAUUGAAACCUUGA